UUGCCACCUUCCAGGGAACUUUCAGUCGCCUCCAUGAGUCAAACAAGUGGUGGUGAGGCAGGAUCGCCUCCGCCAGGUGUCGUCGCUGCUGGUAAGCCCUGCCCUUCGAUCAAGCAAGCGCCUCAUAAUGCAAGUGCAUAUUGCUAUCCUGAGCAGUGCUGGGAAAGUUUGGCUCUUAAAACAACAAAGCAAAAUGGAACUGGACAAAGUUUUACUGCACUUUUCAUUUCCCCCCCUCAAUGGUGGCCCUCAAAUGUAUUCUUUUGGAAUACAGUUGUUUAGAAUUUUCCAAUUUGCAAUAAAACUCAAAUGAUAAAUGUUCCAGGAAACCCCAAUUUAGAAGUUAGGGUAGCAAAGAAACUUUGCAGUCAUAUUCGGGCCCUUUUGUAUUUUAUGGAAACAAAUUAUUGUCCUCUGUUCUCCCCCUGUACCCUCUCUCCCAAAAGUUAUGGCUAAACCAUGUCACUUGCUGUUUGGAGCUUUAAUUGCUUGCAAGAUGGGUAAUGUCACAGUUAGCUUAGAUAUGUUUACCUCCCCUUCCCACUUUUUAACUUAUGAAACAAAGCAUUUCCCUUAGUACUAUAUUUAGUACUAUGUAAAAAUUUGGAAAAAAAUUUCAUUUGGAAUUUCCCCCCUAUUUUUCUUUUCUUUUUUAAGUAAAACAAUGAACUUUUAGUUUUGAGGGGCUUGAUUUGGGCAUUGGUACUCAGCGCUCUUUCAAUCACAUCUGAAAUGUUUCCACCAUGAGCUUCAGCACAUUCUUGUUUGACAUAGUGUUCAAUUGUUUCCUUUCAUGUGUCAAAAUGCUUUAGAAACUAUAUCUAGCUUAUAAACUUUGUAACAGAACAUCACACAUGUAUAGACAAAUAUUUCUUCCUUAAGAUUACUAUGAAAGUGAGCCAAGGAGCUGAAGGGAUGCUUUUUGCUUUGCUUUGAUAGUUUCUUUCUUAUACAGUCCCUUCAUUUGAAAGUACACGGUUUAAGCCUAGGAUAGGAACUUUACAGCACUGCUCAAUGCUGAUGUAUUGAUACUUUUCCCUUGUGAAAUCUGUGGAUUUUCCUGUAGGUUAGGGAAAAUUGGUGCUUCAGGAACAAAGCAUCUAUGCAGUUUGCAUUUCAAAGUUGAUUCAGUCAAAAGAGAGCAAUGAUUACAAAAUCUUUAUAAAACCACUAAGAACUCAAAUCCACAAAUUUCACAAAUUUUAUAUUGAAAUCAUUUUCAAGCAUUUGUAGGACUGAUGAGGAGAAUUGAGUGUCUGUUACUCCUGGGCUUCAGUUGUUUGAUGGUCAAUCCACUUCCUUACAAAAUCUGAAAAAAACAUAGUUCAGGUUAAAGGAAACAGGAAAAAAAUUAGCUAAAUGAGUAUCAAGAACUUAAAUUAUAUUACUUGAGUAUAAUAUACUUUAGAAUAAUAUUAAUUAAAUAAAUUAAAUUAAGCUGGUCUGAGUCCCUCAGCAGAGGUUGAGAAGAUCAGGAUAUAAAAGUUUUAAUAAAUAAAUAAAUAAAUACCUCUUUUUAGUUUGCAUAAAGUUUAAAACCCUUCCCUCGAAAGAAUUAGUUCAGAUUGCCCCAGUUUACAUGCCAGUACAUUAUCUCUGAAGUGGUAAUGCACCUUUAAUAUCUUCAUCAUCAUCAUCCUAGGCCUUAGAAAUAUGGCUUAAAAUGGAAGAACCUUCUAUUUUUUUGGAGGAUACAUUGUUGGCAUUAUGCCUACACAUGCAAAAACCAACUCAGAUAUUUUCUGCAGAAACCGACCACGUUGACUUAAAGGCUGAUUCAAAAAAUGGCAGCUUCUGUAUGCAGCAAAUCAUAAUCAGUAAAGCAAUAGCUCUUGUUGUUUUUCAGUCAGUUUUGGGAGAAUCUCCCAAGUUAAAGGAGUUGCUUGUGGGUGAAAUCUCCAUCAGCCAUAUUGCCGGGUAUCUGGGAGGGCAAGGUGACCUUGGGUGAUGCAGAACUGUGACAACCUACUUCUUUAUAUCCUAAAAACAAAUGUUUUCAUUAGUUUUCAUACACCUCUCAUCUAUUAUUAUUUUUAUUAUCCUUUCAGAAAACGAAUUAAAAUAUGUCAUAUUUGACAAUCUUUUCUUAAAUCUGAGUGCAUUUAUUUCAUGCAAUAUUGAAGUGGCGCUCUGUGUUUUGGCUCCAUGAAAGCUGCCCUCCCAGUUAAGCUCUCUGACGCAUGUCUCUCUCCUGGUGCCAGUGAGUAGAUUAAGAGGUGAGGGCUGGGGAAAAAUAGUUUCCUUAUUUAAGGCUUAACUCCAUUUGUUCCCCACUUCCCUGGCCACAGGGUGGCACAGUAUCUGGCUGCAAAUCAGAUCGCCCCAGGUUUUUCUCUCAGAGCUUUGAUUUGAGGUUCCAAGACAUAUAAACGGAUUAUAUAAAGAUGUGUUGCAGUUAACUUCAGAUUUUUGGAGGAAUGGGAUUGGCUGGUCUCAGCUACGAGGGCCCAAAGGAACAGACUGCGAGUUCUGCUGCAACUAUUUGUUUCCCAUUUAUGAAGUUGUUUAAACUAUUUUAAAACUGAAGCUUGGUAACUGUCUUUCAAGAGCACAUUUGAUUAUUUUGACACAGAAGUGAGUGUUUCAUAUUCAUUAGUCCAAACCCUGGAGGAAUUCCUUCAUAAUCCCAACCAACUAGCAACCCUGAAUGUUCAGAUGGUUCUCCAUUUCUCUGUGGAUCUCUUAGAGAAAGGAGAAGCAGAGCUGUUAAACCAGAGCAGGUACCUGCCUCAGAUCUUUCUGGUUUUUCUUGAGGUCUAGCUCUUCACAAAGCAAUAUAGGCAACAGUAAAAUAUAUCAGUAAAAUACAUCAAAUCAAAUAUACCUAGAGAAAUAGAGCCAUUGGAAAGGAUCUUAGCAAAAGUGGGGACUGGGCAACCCUCCAGUUGUGGUGAGAUGGCAUCCCUCAUCUUUCCUUGCUCGUUGCCUGUGCUGGCCACAUUGGUUGGGAAUUGUCAUUGCACAACAUCAGGAGAGUUGUUCAGGUUCUUCCCCUGUUUCAGAGUAGCGAUUGUGUGCCUGUGGGUUUUGUGGUUUCACUCCAAGCAUGACAUCAGUUUAGAUAGAGUGCAUUUCAGUUUUCAUUCUUGGCAUAGAGUCUGAGUUGAUAGCAAGACUGUUUUAGUUCUAAUUGGUUGGCAUGUCUUCACAAAGCUCACUAAAGUAUUCUGACAAAAAAUAACAGCCUGUCAGGUAGGGGUAAAUUAGCUCUUUAGCAACAGUGGAAUCACAGUCUCUUUUGUUGUUGUUGUUGUUGUUCCUUUUUUGCCAUUUUUAACAGCGGUGGAUGGGCAUGCUUUUUGUGUGUUAUCUUUAUGAGGGCUGGAAUUUGUUCCUUUUCUUUGGAUGCCAAUAUAAAAUCUCUGGCACAGAGUACGCCUUUGCCUAUCCAAAGUUAGAAGGAGAUUCUGGUAACUUUUCCAAAGCACAUACCUUGAUAACUUAGUCUCAUAGUGGCAUGCAAAGGGAGGUAUGGAAUAGUUCAAUGCUUAGUGAUUGUUCAAGGGAAUGUUUCCUUAUCCACAUGCACUGAGUUUGAAUUUACUCAUCGACUUAGUGCACUGAAGCAGAGAUAUUCUCUGCUACUAAAUUCAGUGGAAGUAAACCUGUAGUUUGCCAGAUCCUGAUAUAUAUUGUCCACUUACAACCAUUUCUGUUCUCCUUUUUUUUUGCUGGCUGAGUUGCUUUAAAAUUUGUGUUUCCUAAACUCCCAUACCAAGCACAGCUACAAUGUAGAAUCUGUUCUUUUCAGCAAAUUUGUUACCUAUUGAAAGAUCAGCCAAGAAACUGUAAGUUUGUCCACCUGCUUUUGGGCUUAAGGUUGCAAAAGGAAUAAGGGUGAGGGCCUUGCAUUCAGGCUUGCUGGUUGGUUGUUCUCGUGGUCACUUUUGGAUGUCAGGCCUUCUGGCCUGAACUAGUGAACAUGAACCACUCAGCAAAAAUUCCAGGUAAGAAAUAACCACUUGUGCAUCUGAGAACAUGAGUAUUAUAAUAAUUUUUCUGCCUAUCAGUGGAAACUGAAUUAUGUCUUUAUUCUGUUAAUUGUUUUGGCAUGAGAAUGUAAGGGAUUUAAAAAAAUAUUUGGGGGUUAAUGUUAAGUAACCAAGCUACUUUGAACCUUUAAAGUAAGUUGGAUUGCUUGAUGAUAUUUGCUGGGAUGCUAGUUGUUUUCUCUAUUAAUACACUUAACUUGCAUUCUAGCUCCGCCAUUCAGAGACAGGCAUCGUGUGGUGGGUUGUGUGACAGUGUCUGUCAAUAGUGAAGACAAAUAGUACCAGAGACACUUAACCCAUCCAAUCUCACCCAGGGUGUAGGAUUUGCCUCUGAAGCAGGGAGUGUCUGCAUUAAAAAUGACCUGUAGUUCUCUGCUUCAUAGGUUAGAAACUUAUUUUAAUACUUUGUGGCUAAGCACAGUCCCAUUUUUGACCAAAAAGGAAAAAAAAAUAUUGCUCAACGAUUGGCAUUGAAUGUGGCCUAAAAAUGCUAUCUAUUAUCUCGCAUUGGGUUUCCUAUCAUUUUGUAUGAAAAACGGCUUAAAUUCGUAAACUGGCCAAGGCAAGAAAAGCGCCCUUGUUUGCUUGCAGCCUUUGUACGCCUUAACUGGACGUUUUUAAAAGGCCCGAUUGCCACGCACACAAAAACAGAGCUACCAUUUGGAGGCUGUUUCCGAAUACCACUGUGCUGCUUAAGCCUUUGUCGUUUGAAGGGCUCAAAUUGGAGAGCCAAGCCAAAUUCCAAAACGCUCCUUUGGGGGAAAAGCAAUGAGCCCACCAAAACUUGCGAUUUCAAAGGGACUGCUAUAGCCAGCGGAGUUGGGGAUGGUGUGCCCUGUAUUGACUUCUGAAUUGUACACCGCAGAUGCUUCUUCAGCUCCUUCCUCUUCCUCCAUGGGCGGUGCUUGCAGCUCCUUUGCCACCACCUCUUCCAGCCCCACCAUUUACUCUACCUCAGUCACUGACAGCAAAGCUAUGCAAGUGGAGAGCUGCUCCUCAGCCAUGGGGGUAAGUAACCGAGGGGUAAGUGACCAGCCGUUAACCCAUAACGCAGCCCAGCCGCCGCAGUCGCAAGCACAGCCCACCCCGAAGCGGCACACAGUCCUGUGCAUCUCACCACCGCCGGAGGACCUGCUGGACACCAGCCGGAUGUCCUGCCAGGAGGAAGGCUGCGGCCUGGAGUCCGAGCACAGCUGCAGCAUAUGGGUGGAGGACUCCCCCUCCAACUUCAGUAACAUGAGCACCAGCUCCUACAACGAUAACACCGAGGUGCCGCGCAAGUCGCGCAAGCGCAACCCCAAACAAAGGCCGGGCAUCAAGAGGCGGGAUUGCGAGGAGUCGACCAUGGAUAUCUUUGACGCCGACAGCGCCAAGGCGCCCCAUUAUGUCCUUUCGCAGCUCAGCACCGACAGCAAGAGCAACGUGAAAGCGGGAAAUGGGACACCUGAAACCCCCAAAACCACAGGCGGGAAGAAGAGCCCGAUGCUGUGUGGCCAGUAUCCCAGCAAACAGGAAGGCAAGGAGCUGAAGAUUGUGGUGCAGCCGGAGACGCAGCACAGGGCGCGGUACCUGACGGAAGGCAGCCGAGGCUCUGUGAAAGACCGGACGCAGCAGGGCUUUCCCACCAUCAAGCUGGAAGGCCACAAUGAGCCUGUGACACUGCAGGUGUUUGUGGGGAACGAUUCUGGCCGGGUGAAGCCGCACGGGUUCUAUCAGGCCUGCAGGGUCACCGGGCGGAACACCACGCCCUGUAAAGAGGUGGACAUCGAGGGCACCACCGUCAUCGAGGUGGGCCUGGACCCAGGCAACAACAUGACCCUGGCGGUGGACUGUGUGGGAAUCCUGAAGCUGAGGAAUGCAGAUGUCGAGGCCCGUAUAGGCAUCGCUGGGUCCAAGAAGAAAAGCACUCGAGCCCGGUUGGUCUUCCGCGUGAAUGUCCCUCGGAAAGAUGGCUCCACACUCACCCUGCAGACGCCCUCCUCGCCAAUUUUGUGCACUCAGCCGGCAGGGGUCCCAGAGAUCCUAAAGAAGAGCUUGCACAGCUGUUCCGUGAAGGGAGAAGAGGAAGUCUUUCUGAUUGGCAAGAACUUCUUGAAGGGAACUAAAGUCAUCUUCCAAGAGAACACAUCUGAUGACAACUCUUGGAAAGCAGAAGCGGAAAUCGACAUGGAACUAUUUCAUCAGAACCAUCUGAUUGUGAAAGCGCCCCCAUAUCAUGACCAGAAGAUAACUUCUCCUGUCUCUGUGGGGAUCUACGUAGUGACCAACGCUGGACGAUCCCAUGACAUACAGCCAUUCACUUACACUCCGGACACAUCCAGUACUCUGAAUGUGAACGUGAAACAGGAAAUAUCUAGCCCGACCCAGCCUUGCUCUUUUGAUGAUGCAAUCAAAGUGAAUCCCGGGGGCUGCAAUCGGGACAAGGUCAAUCUCCUCCCAAGUGCCUUGAUAACUCCACUCAGGCCCAGCAGCACCGUCAAGAGUGAAGAGGCUGCUCCCAUGGAGCUUGCCCCUGAAAAAAGGUCCCCUCCUGUCUUUAAGGCGGCCAGUGCAGCCGGUCCCUCCCAAACGGCGCUAGAGGCCAGCAUGUCCAGCAUCCUGGGGAGCGGCUCAUUCCCCUCUUCGGCACCUCAUUUGGCUCCCGAGAGCGAAAAGCAGCCCCUGCCGCCCAAGGGCUAUUCUUCGGAGGUGCUGCCUACCCUCCAUGCGCAGGACAUGGCCCCUCCGGGCAGCUUCUCCACAGAUUCUGCCAGCAACCAGCUGCAGAGCAGCGACUCCCUGUUGCAGCAGGCAGCCUCCAGCUUCCCCCCAAGAGAUGGCCAAGGGACUCGGGAGGUGCUCCAGUCAGACGGGACAGUGGUGACCCUGACCCAGCUGACAGAAGUCCCCCAGCAGCAGCAGCAGUCCUCGCUCCAAGAUUCGGGCCAAGCGCUGCAGCAGCAGAUCUCCUCUGGCCUCUUCUCCUCAGCUGGUGGAGUGAGUCAACUGCAGAACACCAUCCAGCAACUGCAGGCUGGGGCCUUUCCGUCCAGUGCCACCAGCAACAACAGCAGGAACGUCGACUUGGUCCAGCAGGUCCUGGAGGCCCAGCAGCAGCUGUCGUCUGUCUUGUUUUCGGGGCCUGACAACGAGGACGUUCAAGAGCAGCUCAACGCAGAGAUUUUCCAGCAGGUCAGCCAGAUCCAGAAUGGCGUGGGCCAGGGGAUGUUUUCCCCUCCUGACGGAGUCCACUCAAGGGCCGAAGGCCUGCUUUCCAGCAGAACAGAGAGUGUCCACUCACAGGCGGAGGGCUCUUUGUCCAGCCAGCAGCAGCAGCAGCAAGCCAUGGAGACCUCUGCUGUUGCUGCCGCCGCCGCCAUGGUUAUGGAGAUCCAGCAAGGCUUGUGCCAGGCAGCCAGCCAGAUGCAGGCUGACCUAUUUGCCUCAUCUUCAUCAGGCAGCGGAAACAUCCAGCCAUCCCCCGUGUACCAGCAGGCUUCCCACAUGAUGGGCAGCCUCUCAGCAAGUGAAGACAUGCAGAUGCAGUGCGAGAUGUUCUCUCCCUCCAACGUUUCUGGCAACGAAGGGGCAACACCAAACCAGCAGCAGCAGCAACAACAACAGCAGCAGCAGCAAGUAAAUGCUAAUGGCUCUGCCCUGUUCCAGCCCCCUGGCUCUGCUGAAAGUGGAGAGGCCUCAAACCAAGCCAAGCAGAUGCGGAGUGAUGUCUUUCAGGCUAUGGUACAAAUGCAGCACAGUGGGGAGGGCCAGGCUGCGCAGGUCAACCUCUUCUCUUCCUCAGAGAACAUGAUGCAGGGUGGUGGAGUGUCACAGCCAACCCAACAGCAGCCUCCGCAGGCACCGCAGAGCAGGGGCCUCUUCCAAGCAAGCGGGGAGAUGAUGUCCCUCCAGCCAAGCCCCUUCUUGCAGCAGACAUCCCACUCGCAGGCCCCACUCUUCCACUCCCAGAGCCCCCUCGGGGAUGGCCAGGGCAUCACCCAGGAGAACACGAGCUCCCUCUUCAGCAGCCAGAACACUACCGCCUCCUCCUCUGCCUCCUCGGAGCAGAUGCCAACCGCCAUGUUCCACUCGCAAACCUCCAUGGCGGUGGUGCAGGAACAGCAGCAGCAGCAACAACCUGCCAGCAUGUUUCUUUCCCAGAACCCCAUGGGUGGCUCCGUUACACAGGAGGAGCCCAUGCAGUUCUUCACAAGCCAGAACUCUCUCUCUGCCAGCCCUGAGCAGCCGCCACCAUCAUUCCAGCAACAGCAGCAACAGCAGCAGCUGUCCCACUUGCAGGCCCCCCAGCCCCCCCAGCAAGGCAUGUUCCAAUCCCAGCUGCCUCUUGGAGCCCUCCCUUCCUCGGCAGUGUCCCCGAACCAACAGGAAGCCCUGUUCCAGUCCUCGCACUCAAUGGUGGCACUUCAAAACAGCUCCUCCACACCAGAGCAGACGCAGCAGCCAACCCUGCACUACAGCCAGGAGCAGCCCCCACCGCCACAGGGCCAGCCCCUCUUCCACCCGCAAAGCUCCAUGGCGGCCAUGAACCAGGAGCCACAGCAGCCCAUGCAGUUCCAGAGCCCCAGCCCCAGCGGGUCCCAAGCCGAGGCCUCCCCACAGCAGCCACCACAGCCUCCCACCAUGUUCCACAACUCUCCACAGCUGCAGAUGGUGCAGGGCUCCCCAGGCUCCCAGGAGCAACCGCUCACCCUCUUCAUCUCCUCCUCCUCCAUGUCGGCCUUACAGAACAGCAUCAGCCAGCAAGAGAUGCAGCAGGCUCCACUCUUUUCCGGCCUCCAGAGCGCCUCUUCGCCCCCACAAGAGCAGCGCCAGCAACACCAACAACAGCAACAGCAGCACCAACAACAGCAGCAACAGGCCGCCUUGUUCCAUAAUGGAGGUGGGGCCAUUGGCCAGCUGCAGAACUCCUCUGCUUCAUCUCAGCAGACCUCCGGGAUAUUCCUCUUUGGCAUCCAAGACAACUGUGGGCAGCUUCUCACCUCUGGGUCGGGUGCCAUGUCAGAGCAGAUGAUCACAGAGGUGCAGCCUUCGGUCACGACGCUCCUGUCCCAGCAGAUGUCAGAGGGCCCCCAACUGUCUUCUGCCCUGACCUCCAACCAGAAUAUGAAGAAGAUCGACGACCUGCUGGUGUCCUUGCAAAAUCAGGGGAACAAUAACAUGGCUGGCUCCUUCUAACUGGCCAGAAAUCCUGCUAUGGACAGUCAGAUUUGCAGACUCCUUAAGCUCCCGUGACUCUGGAAUUUAGGCUAUUUGGACUCCAACUUCCUCUUUCAAAGGAUGGCCUGGACCCAAGAGAAAGCACAGCCUUCCUCCUUGCUGCAGAGGAGCGUCCCUUUGGAGCCUGGGGAGUGGCUGUUGAGCAAAAGGAGAGGGUGCCGGGGGAGCAGCGAAAGAGCAAUGGUGCCUUGCAUUGCUGCCCUCUCUGUCCCCUAAAUCCUCUUUGCCGCGAGGGAAAAGAAGAAGACGAGUCGCAACUUUACUCCCUCUGCAACUCAUCUCUGGACACUGCAAAACAUCAUGACAUAAUAUCCCAGGUCCUGAAAUCCGUUGGUUACAGAGAUAUCCGGUUCACAAAUGCGUGCUGAUCCCAUGAUUUGCAGCUGAAUAUUUAUGUGAUUUUCCAUUGGAAACGGUUUCUUGAGGCAAUGUGAAUUAACACAAGUGUUUAGACUGUUGUUGUGAAUUUCACCCGCUGUUCAGCGGAAGCUCCUGCUGAUUGAAUAGAAUGGGGAAAGCUGUGAAAUAACACUGGGAGGGGGAGGGGGGGUCGGUGAAUGCCGUAUGGAAAUUGAAAGUUUCCUUUGGCUUUGGGGGUCUCAUCUUAAUGGUUGGUGGGGAAGAUGGUGAAUCCACAAAUGUGACUUCAGCUUCUGGAAAGGGUUGGGAAUUAAAAUGGCAUCGUUUUUCAGAGGAGAGGGGCUUCCCUAUACCUUUGGAGGGAGGACUUUUCCUCAGUGCAGGAACCCGUCCUCUCUCUAGCACAUUGGGCAUGAAUCCAUCCCCCUUAGCCCCCGGUGGUAUAAUAGGUUAAACGCUGGUGCCGGCAGGACUGAAGACUGAUAGUUUGGAGGUUCAAAUCCAGGGAGGUCGCAGAUGAGCUCCCUCUGUCAGCUCCAGCUCUCCAUGCGGGGACAUGAGAAAAGUCUCCCAAAAGGAUGGUAAAACAUCAAAACAUCUGGGCAUCCCCUAGGCAACGUCCUUGUAGACGGCCAAUUCUCUCACACCAGAAAUAACCUGCAGUUUCUCAAGUCGCUCCUGACACACACAAAAAGCCCCCAUUCCACUUCUUUGUCUCCUCUUAUAAAUAAUUUGAGCUGGCUUUCUAGGAGUCCAGAGAAUGCUGUGGUCGGCGGGAGUCCAAGGCCUAGUAAAGGAGAAGAAGCUGGGACCCAAAUACCCCACAUUUGAGAGAGGGAGCCUGCAAAACUGGCAGGUCCAGAGUCCAUUAAGUGGCCAGGACACACACAUGCGCUUUCCUGGUCACUGACAGGGUGUAAUGGGAGGCGUCUGUAAAAGCCAAGCUGGUUUCCGCUUCCCACCCUUUGGCUCCCUGGAAGCCCAGGUGAGGCCUUCCACCCUCCAUGAGGCUGGUUCCACCCCCCCCCCUCGACCCCAGCCCCCUCCUUUUCAGGUGCUCUCCAGGGGGUGUUACCCCCCUUCCACCUCCCUCUUGCCUCUCCUGCCCAUCCAGCACUGCUGUUGUCGGUCGCACAACAGCUUCCUGCGUAGCUCCCUUUGGCCUUGGGGAUCGCGUUCGUUUUUCAGUCUGCGUCGGUGUCCGUUCCUUGUGCAGCAGUUCUCUGGGUUUCCCUCUCCUUGUGUGUGUCCUUUGAGCUCUGUAGACUCAUCUUUGGGUUCUUUUGGGAGGGUGGCCUUUGGUUCUCGUCCCGUUUAAUGUAAGUCUGACGUUUGCAGUCAGUAGUUUGUCCCGUCUGUCUGUCUGUCUGUCGAUCGAGUAACGUUUUCAGUAGUACAGGCUCUUUUGCCGAUAUGAAGGGAACUUUUUUCAGAAAGAGACCUGCUCUUGGGUCGUUUAAUUUUGAAUACUGUUUUCAAUCGUUCAAGUUUUGGAUGGUUUAUAUCUAAUCGUGUGUUUCAUUUUUUUGGAAAGCUCUAUUUUGUAUUUUAGGAAACAAUGAACUAUUUUGCUACUUGUACUGAGUUGAGUACAUGGGCAUAAAUAUAAACUCUAUAUAAAUAUAUAUAUAUAUAUUUGCAUAUAUAUUAUUCACACACAUAUAUUCUCUCCGCCACAGGUUUUUGUGGCGAAUGUGUGACUUUUACCGUCUGUUCUCCCACAAAAUGGCAUCUAGUGAUUGAGGGCAAAGUGGGAGGGUCUUGUUUGUCGCGUCUUUGCAGCAUAUUUUUCAGUCCUUUUUCGCAGCUGACUGAGUGGUAUCCAUCUCUGGCCCUUCUGUUAGGCAGCGUCCAUUUGGACCGCAGGCCGCGAGGGCAGCUUCCCUGCCAAAGAGGCAUCGCAACCUGGCGAAGAAACCCUCUGGCUCCGUCUUUUACUCACUGUUUGUGUUUAUUCUGUUUUAUUGCUGGCUUUUUAAUUUAUAAUGACACUACAAAUCCAGAAAAGGGGCCGGCGUCUUUCCUCUGUCCCAUAAUGUCUGUAUUGCUCCAGUAUUUUUUUUAACUUGACAAGGCGACAUUGAAGGCGAGAAGCAGCUGAUACGCAAAGGCCGCUUAUGGACAAGGAAUGGGCCAAAGGAGGAGAGAGACAUCAGUGGCUUCUACGUUUGUGUCAAAAAGGAAGCCUUUCCUCCCUGAAUUGUCUCCCCAACUGUUUCACGGCCAUUUUCCCGGGGACAGGGAGGAGCCAAGGCCCAGGGACCAAUCCAUCCUUGGCUGAACCAGGCCUUGCGGCCAGAUCCAGCCAACCGCCCCUUCUCCCCCAGUGAUCCAUUUCUUGUGUCCAUCGCAAAUGGUCCUGCUGCUGCAAAACAGGGGAACAUUCGCACUUCUUGGCUUAGUUUUUAAUUCCUUACUUCUUUCCCUCCUCUUGGUCCAUUUUAGGUCAAUAUUUAAAUGUGCAAACUUUUGAAUUGUGUAAUUUGGUUACAAAAUGGGUAUGUCUUUGGAACCGAGGAGCUGCUUGGUGGCUGCGGCAAAUGGAUGCUGUGUCUUUUCAGUUGGCAGAUUCUGCAAAAGGCAUAGAAGCAAAGAGGAGGGAAGGGGGCUGCCAAGGCAGGGAGGCACAAAAGCGCUUCUGCCCCAUCUCCAGGCCCUUUAUGGCAGAUGGGAGCCACGAGCCCUAGCCUGGCAAGCCUUCUGGCCCUUGGAGAGCUCAGCAAUGGAGGAGGUUCUGGGCACCAGGGCAGCAGCAGGCAGGCACUUCUGAGGGAGCCAUGAGGGUCAAGAGAGCUUCCCCCUGAGAGCUGCUUCCUGUCCUUUUCAUACAAACUUCCAUCCACUUCCCCUCUUGGGCCACUGGCUAUGUGCCUACCUCCUGAACCAACCCUGUCUGCAGGGGAGCCUUUGGGCUGUCUAUCCUAACACCCUUUGAGGCCCCUUUCAUGACAAGAAAGUUUAGGUCUUCUGUGCUGUCUUUUCCAGAUAUUAAGUUAUACCACAUAGAACUAAUAACAUAGAAAAGGCACUGACUGAACUGAAAUAGUACCAACACCCUUGGUCCCAAGGAGAAGGCUUUCAAUUAUUUCAAAAAUGGGCCAACCCUGUUCAGAAAAUAGAGGGAAAGGACCAAAAGUGCAGGGCCUUUCCAGAGGAAGGGACUCUCUCUGGCCCCACAAACCUCAGCUUACAUCCCUGGGGCUUUGUGUUAUGGCCUGGUCGUAAUUCACUACUUUGGAUUGGGUCCAGAACAUCCUGGCAACAGGGCUGCCAUUGGGGAAUAGAUAUUCUGUGCCCUGGCUGCCUAGUCCCCUGUGAAUCACUGGACCACAGAAGCUGGUCCAUUUGCCCAUUUGCCAGUGCUUUGUGGCCCACCUUUAGGGGUUUCUGUUAUUUCAGGGCCCUUGAGACCAAGUGCUCCCUUUGGCAGCCCUGAGGCUUCUCCAAGGGUUCCUCCUUCUGCCUUUCCGCCACAUUUGGCUGCUAGAGCAUCCGGAGCAGCCUCUGGGCAGCCGCCUCGUCGUUCCACGACCCUUCAAUGUGAAUGUAGCCCCCGAGGGCACCGUUGUGCGUUUUGUGCGUCCCUGGUUGUGUCGAUGGACUUCUCCAGAGCACUGAUCCUCCAUGUUCAGUCUGUUCUAAGGGGAGGGGGGGAGGGGGGAGGGGACCUCAUUUGCAUUUGUUUUUAGCUAUUCUGUGAUAACUUGUUGAAUAUUAAAUAAAAACAGAGAGAUAUUUUGCUUCUAUGGGGACAUUUGUAUACUUGGCAACUAUAUUUCUGUACACAGCUGCAGUCGAGAAUAAAACUUUGAAAGUUUUCA